UAAGAUAAACUGAUAAAUCAAACAAAUCGAUAGUGUCAAGUACAUUUUUUGUUCAUUUCAAUGGAGUACAAGCUGUUGACGGCGAUAGAUUAAAUGCGGGCGAUAUAUUAGGAAUGUUCAACAAGGGAUAUUAAAUCCCAAGUGCAUUUUUUUACUCUUGAACAUAUAUAAGGUGAAGCGAUUUGUCGCUGGUUAUUCGUUAAAGAUGAAGCUGUAUUUUAUAGUUGUUUUGAUAUUCAACACGUGUUUUGCUGAUUUUAUAACGCCAGAUGAAGUGGAAGUUGUAAUUGGAAAAUAUAUGAAAAAUGAAUUGUUAUCGAGCGCCGAGCAAAAAUUGCAAGAAGAUGUUUUUGAAAUUUUGCGCAGAACACAACAUGUGACUACACACGAAUAUAGAUCGGAUACGCGAAUGAGUCUGGAUUGCUUAGUAUGUCGCAGCGCAUUUUCAGCCCUGUUCGAACUGAUACGAGCAGGCGCAUCGGAUGAUGAAUUAACUCGCUCCCUCUCCAAUAUCUGCGUCCUCCUCGGUAUUGAGAGUUACAAUGUAUGUAGCGGAGCUGUUUCUUUGAAUCUGCACAUCAUUACUUAUAUCAUUAGAAACACGCCAGAGGCGACGCCGCGUAACUUCUGCGGCCUUGUGUUGCAAAGGUCUGAUAACCCUAACUUUUGUUCGUACAACGACACGCGCUUUGAGUGGCAAAUCGAACUGCCUCAGAGAAUACAAACGGCUAACAUACCAACCCCAGUUAUCGAUCAGAGCCCUCUAACGGUGGCAAUUUUAACAGAUGCCCAUAUAGAUCCCUUGUACGAGGCGUUCGGUGUGGCGCAGUGCGAUGAACCAACAUGUUGCAGGAAGGGACAAAGACUUAGACCAUCAUCAGAUAUUGUUACAGAUGGUUCCGAAGUCGACAACAGUGUGAUAGGACGCGGUGAUAACGUUCUUCUUAAUUUGAAAGAUGUACCGAAAAUUAAAGAAAUCCGUAUGAGAAGUUCAAUGCGAGCUCAGACAAGACGAGCAGAGCCGGCUGGUUAUUGGGGUGAUUAUAGAAACUGUGAUACUCCGAGAUGGGCGUUCGAUGACGUCAUAGAAAGAAUGGCAUCUGCUCAUAAAUUCGAUGCAGUAUAUUACAUAGGUGAUACAAUCGACCAUGGUAUUUGGGAAACAUCUUAUGAAUUGAUUGACGAAAUUAAUCAAUAUCUUAUUACUAAAAUGCGAACAACUUUCGGAGACGAUGUGUUGAUUAUACCAGCUAUUGGCAACCACGAGUCGCAGCCAACGAAUCAAUUCGCACCAAUAACAGUAACUGAACCGUAUUUAAACACAACUUGGUUAUACGAAGGGUUAAUAACCAAAUGGGAUCAUUAUCUGACGGAGGAGGCGAGGGCGUCGUUGAGGGUACGCGGAGGGUUCUCCAGAUUGGUGCGGCCCGGGCUCAGAGCUAUCUCACUCAAUACCAACGUCGCUUAUAAAUAUAACUGGUGGUUAGUCUACGACCCGCUGGAGAUGAAGCGCCAGUUGGAGUGGCUGGUGCAGGAGCUGCAACGCGCGGAGCUGGCCGGAGAGAAGGUGCACAUCCUCAGCCACAUCCCGCCAGGAGUGCAUGACUUGGCUCAUGUUUGGACCAGGGAAUACAAUAGGAUCGUUAAUAGAUUUUCAUCGACAAUCGCAGCAGAGUUUAAUGGGCAUAUACACUCGGAUGAGUUCAAGAUAUUCUACAGCUCGGUGGAGCCCCGGCUGCCCAUUAACGUGGCGUGGGGCGUGGGCGCCGCCACCGCUUAUGUUAACUACAAUCUGAACUAUAAAAUAGCCACAUUCAACCCGCCAACAUUCGCUCCACAAAGUAUCAACAAUUACAUAUAUAACCUAACAGAGGCAAACUUAACACCGAACCGUCGUCCGCAUUGGUUCCAACUGUAUGACAUGAAGAAUAGCUUCGGUGUUAAAGAUUUGAGUGCUCAGUCUAUGGACGAUUUACUCCAACGUAUGGUGACCACGGACAGACAUCUGCUAGAUUUAUAUGCAGCUUAUGUAUCAAAAUUAAGUGAUAGAAGAUGGCCAUAUUGCAAUAAUAACUGCAAAUUAGACAACUUAUGUAGAAUAGUAACCACAGUUUUAUGGCAAAGGGAGAAAUGUGACGAACUUCGAAUGUCAUUUACAAACACACAGACAUGAUUUAUUUAUUUAUUUAUAAAUAAUAAAUAACAAUUAACCAA